AUGUACGGCAAACGCCUCAUCUCAGCUGCCAUUUGCUGUCUAGUCACUGUCGCCCACGCCGCGGACUUGUCCCAAGAGCAGUCCCAACUCAACAAUGUUAAUGCCGACGAGCGACGGAGCCUAGCAGAAGCUGGAGAACUUCUUGAUCGGAGUGCUGAGGGCGCCGCGGUGGAGCAAGCGAAUGCUGUCGACGCGGAGGCUCCAGCUGCUCAAGAUGCAGGUCUUGCUGUAAACGACACUGAUAAAAAUCGCCGGCCGUGCCGAAAGGCACCAGAAGCGACAAAAUGCAGCAACUCUGACUGCUCCAACAUCGACAGUCACAGUCACCACCGCUACAACCCAAGUAACAACCGCAGUUUCCAGCUACCCAUCAACAACCAUCAUUGUCAGCACCCAAGAUGUAACCUACACGACCGCCUUCACCGCAACGACAACUGCCGUCAGCACAAUCGCAGGCCGAACCCUAACCUCCACCUCCCUAACAGUCCUAACCUCAACCUUCACCACAACCUCCCAAUCCACCCUCGCCACAACCCUCGUCCAAACCACAACCGCAGUUUCCACCCAACCCACCACAGCAAUCAGCACCCAAAACGGCGGAACCGCAACCCAAAUCGCCACCACAUUCCAAACUGUUACAGCGACCGCUACAGGCCCUACGAGUACCGUAACAGGAAACGCUGUGACGACGACUUUACCUGCUACGACUGUGAGGGUUACGCGAGCACCGACUGGAACGCCUGUGGCUCCUACGCCAGGCGGUGGUGGCGGUGCGAAUAA